UGUGCCCAAAUCGUCCCAAACUGCGACCGAUGCCUCUCUCUUCUUUAGGCACGGAUCUGUCUACUGAUCGCCAUUUUUCUCUGCAACGUAGAGCUUGAGAGGAGAAGAGUUCCAAUGGCGAAGUCAAGCGCCGACGACCAAGAGCUGAGGCGCGCGUGCGAGGCGGCCAUCGAGGGCACCAAGCAGAAGCUCGUUAUGGCGAUGCGCGUCGCCAAGAGCCGCGGGAUCUUCGGCAAAUCCGCCAAAUUGGGCCGCGGUCACAUGGCCAAAGCUAGGGUUCUCGGCGUUUGCACUAAAUCCAAAGGUCAGCGGACCAAAGCUUUCCUUCGUGUCUUCAAGUACUCCAAUGGGGGAGUUCUCGAGGCUGCAAAAUUAUACAAGCUGAAGCAUCUUUCUAAGGUGGAGGUCGCGAGUAAUGACCCCAGUGGAUGUACAUUUACGCUGGGAUUUGAUAACCUUAGAAGCCAGAGUGUUGCACCUCCUCAGUGGACUAUGCGCAAUAUUAAUGACAGGAACCGUCUUCUACUUUGUAUCUUAAACAUUUGCAAGGACAUUCUUGGUCAUCUUCCCAAAGUUGUUGGUAUAGACGUUGUGGAGAUGGCUCUUUGGGCUAAGGAAAAUACUCCCACAGUCACCAAACAGGGGAAUGUUCAAGAUGGGCCUGUUGAAGCUACUACUGCAGAAGGAGACAUGAAAGUGACUGUUGAAAGAGAACUUGUGUCCCAAGCAGAGGAGGAGGACAUGGAAGCGCUAUUAGGCACAUAUGUGAUGGGUAUUGGUGAAGCAGAGGCCUUUUCUGAGCGGCUGAAGCGGGAACUUCAAGCUCUGGAAGCAGCAAAUGUGCAUGCCCUUUUGGAAAGUGAGCCUUUGAUUGAUGAGGUCUUGCAGGGGCUUGAGGUGGCCACCAAUUGUGUUGAUGAUAUGGAUGAAUGGUUGGGCAUUUUCAAUGUAAAACUUAGACACAUGAGAGAGGACAUUGAGUCGAUAGAAACUCGCAACAACAAGCUGGAAAUGCAAUCUGUAAAUAAUAAAGCAUUAAUUGAGGAACUCGAUAAACUUCUUGACAGCUUGCGUGUCCCUUCUGAGUAUGCAUCUUGCCUAACAGGAGGGUCAUUUGAUGAGUCAUGCAUGCUUCAAAACAUCGAGGCUUGUGAGUGGUUAACUGGAGCUUUACGUGGUCUUGAAGUACCUAACCUGGAUCCUAGCUAUGCAAACAUGCAAGCUGUUAAGGAGAAGCGAGCAGAACUUCAGAAACUAAAAAACACCUUUGUUAGGAGAGCAUCCGACUUCUUGAAAACCUACUUUGCUAGUUUGGUGGAUUUCAUGAUAAGUGACAAAAGUUACUUCUCUCAGCGAGGACAGUUAAAGAGGCCUGAUCAUGCUGAUCUACGGUAUAAAUGCAGGACAUACGCUCGCCUUUUGCAACACUUGAAGAGCCUUGACAAGAACUGCUUGGGCCCAUUAAGAAAAGCUUACUGCAGCUCUCUUAAUUUGCUCCUGAGGCGGGAGGCUCGUGAAUUUGCAAAUGAGCUACGUGCUAGUACCAAAGCAUCAAAAAAUCCAACUGUGUGGCUUGAAGGUUCCACUGGUUCCAACCAAAAUGCGAACAAUGCUGACACUUCUACGGUUUCAGAGGCGUAUGCUAAAAUGCUUACUAUCUUUAUCCCCCUCCUUGUGGAUGAGAGUUCCUUUUUUGCACAUUUCAUGUGUUUUGAAGUUCCCGCACUUGUACCUCCUGGUGGUAUCAAAGGUGGGUCAAAUGAUGAUGAUUACAAUGAUGAUGAUCUGGGGAUUAUGGACAUUGAUGAAAAUGAGGGCAAAAAUGGUAAAAGUUCUGCAGAUCUGGCAAUACUGAAUGAAUCGCUUCAGGAAUUGCUUGACGGAAUACAAGAAGACUUCUAUGCUGUGGUGGAUUGGGCAUACAAGAUUGAUCCAUUGCGCUGCAUCUCUAUGCAUGGGACUACAGAACGCUAUAUUUCAAGCCAAAAAGCUGAUGCAGCAGGAUUUGUUCGCAUCUUGCUUGAUCAUCUUGAAUCUAGAAUUUCUUUGCAGUUCAGUCGUUUUGUUGAUGAAGCUUGUCACCAGAUUGAAAGAAAUGAGCGAAAUGCACGCCAAGUGGGUGUCUUGUCAUAUAUACCAAGAUUUGCAACUCUUGCUACUCGAAUGGAACAGUACAUCCAAGGACAAUCAAGGGAUUUGGUUGAUCAAGCAUACACUAAAUUUGUCACCAUAAUGUUUGUGACUUUGGAGAAAAUUUCAGCACAAGACCCCAAAUAUUCCGAUAUUAUGCUUUUAGAGAAUUAUGCUGCAUUUCAGAAUAGUCUAUAUGACCUAGCCAAUGUUGUGCCCACUUUGGCAAAAUUUUAUCACCAGGCAAGUGAAAAUUAUGAACUGGCUUGCACACGUCAUAUCAGCAUGAUCAUAUAUUACCAAUUUGAACGACUUUUCCAGUUUGCUCGAAGAAUUGAGGAUUUGAUGUACACACUCACCCCUGAAGAGAUUCCAUUCCAGCUUGGAUUGUCAAAAAUGGAUCUUCGGAAGGUGGUGAAGUCCAGCUUAUCUGGGGUUGACAAGUCUAUCACGGCAAUGUAUAAGAAAUUGCAGAAGAACUUAACCUCAGAAGAGCUGUUGCCAUCUUUGUGGGAUAAAUGCAAGAAGGAAUUUCUGGACAAGUAUGAUAGCUUUGGACAACUUGUUGCCAAGGUGUACCCCACCGAAACUAUUCCAUCUGUAGCUGAAAUGAGAGAUCUUUUGGCCUCCAUGUAGAGAAAAUUACUUUGCGGGUAAGAUAAAUUUUCAGUCACCUUGCCCCUUUAUAUUUUGUUGAUUGUUUGGGGCAUGUCAAGGUUUAGCAUUUACAGUUAAAAGAUUAUUUGUUGACUGGCAUUUCAUGUUGCUUGUUGACUAUAAAUUUAUACAUAAGUAGUCCAUCCUUUAUUGAGUUUAAA